AUGAUAAGUGUACAGGCGUUAUUGUGUGAAUGGAUUGCGACAUACAACACCCAAAUUUCCAUCUCUACAGCCAUCACUUACAUAGAAGAUUCGGCAUCACGCCGAGGACGUUCUUUGUGUCAACAAAAGCCGAUAAGUAAAGGGGGGUGGGGGGGGGGGGGGGGGGGGGGUGGGGGGGGGGGGGGGGGGGGGGGGGGGUUGGGGAGGGGUGGGGGGGGGGGGGGGGGGGGGGGGGGGGGUGGGGGGGGGGUGUGGGGGGGGGGGGGGGGGGGGGGGGGGGGGGGGGGGGGGGGGGGGGGGGGGGGGGGGGGGGGGGGGGGGUUGGGUGGGGGGGGGGGGGGGGGGGGGGGGGGGGGGGGGGGGGGGGGGGGGGGGGGGGGGGGGGGGGGGGGGGGGGGGGGGGGGGGGGGGGGGGGGGGGGGGGGGGGGGGGGGGGGGGUGUGGUGUUUGGUUUGGGUUAUUGGUAGAGUUGGGGGGGUGGGGGGGUGGGGUUAUGGGGGGGGUUUGGGGGGGGGGGUGUGGGUGUUGUGUGGAGUGUGGGUGUGGGGUGGUGGGUGUGGGUGGGGGGGUGGGGGUGGGGUGGGGGGGGGGUGGGGGGGGGGUGGGUGGGGUGGUGGGGGGUUGGAGGUUGGGUGUGGAUGUAUGGGGGGUGGGGGGGGGGGGUUGUGGAAGGUUGUGUUGGGGGGGGUUGGAGGUGGGGUGGGGGGGAUUAUAGGAAGGAGGAGGGGUGGGUGGUGGUGGGAUCAGGGGGGGGGGGGAGGGAGGGAGGGGGGUGUAGGGUGGGGGGGGGUGAGGGGGGGGGGGAACAGGAGAGCUAAGGGGGGGGGGGAGGAGGGGCGUGGGGGGGGGCAGGGUGAGGGGGGGGGGGAGGGGGCGAAGGGGGGAAUGGGGGUGGGGGGUUGGGGGGGCGGGGGGGGGGGGGUAGAGAGAGGGGGGGGGGGGGAGUGGUAUUUGGGGAGGGGGGGGUUGGGUGGGGGGGGGGGGGGUGAUGGAGUGGGGGUCCGGGGGGGGGGGGGGGGGGGGAAGGGGUUGCGAUGGAGGGGUAGGGGGGGGGAGAAGGGUGAAGGGGUAGGGGGGGUGCGGGGGAAGUUGUGGGAGGGGGAGGGAGGUGGGGGGGGAGGGGGGAGGGGCGAGAGGGCUGGGGGGGGGGGCUGGGGGGGGGGGGGGGGGGGGUUUUGGAAGGGGGGGGGGAGAGGGGGGGAGGGGGGGGAGUUGAAGGGUUGA